AUGUUCGAGGCCUAUGAUGGUAAGUCGAACCCGAUUGCCCAUAUCACUGCCUAUACUCGUAAGAUGGCAUUGUGGGCAGACCGUGAUGCUUUGAUGUGCAAGAUGUUCCCAACAAACCUAGGAUACACUGUCGUGAAGUGGUUCCACCAACUUCCAGAGAACUCAAUAUCAUCCUGGAAUCAACUUGCUAGUCGCUUUGUUUUCAUAUUCAUAUCCAACACAAGGGAGCAUAUCACAAUUGAUAUGUUGUUAUCCACUCGACAUAGGGAAGGUAAGUCCCUAGGAGAUUUUACUUCUCGUUAUUUAAAUGUCUAUACCGAUAUAGAAGAAUGCGAGGAGAAGACUGCAGUUGCAACCUUCUGUUUGGUGCUCCCAAAAGUCAGUAGAUUACGAAAAAGCCUAACACUCCAGCCAGCAAAAAGGAUGAAUGAUCUACAGGAAAGGAUCAACAAGUAUAUCAAACUGGAAGAGGACAACAAAACAACUGAUGAGUCAAUCAUUGAUAAAGAGUCGCCCAAGGGGCUAAAGUCCAUUUACAAAGCCAUAUAUACAAGCUUCAAUGAACUGAUCACCAAGAUCUUCCAAGAGAUCAAGGAUAAGCACUACUUUAGGUGGUCUACAAGAAUGAUAGGAGACCUAGCCAAAAGAGAUCAGACUCGUUCUUGUGCCAACAUUAAUGACAAAGAACAUAGCAAGAAAGAAUGCAUAAAUCUUAAGUGGCAUCUAGAGCAUUUGGUUGGGCAAGAACACCCGAAAGAAUUUAUCAAUAGGAGAUAG